AGGUCUCUUUCACGAGUUUGAGCUUCUGACGACGGCCAUUCCGCCGCCGUCAGCCACUGCUGUUCUCCAGGCUGGACAACAACAACAACAGGGUGACCACCACUUUUCCGUGGAAGAGUUCCUCACUGGUUAUCCAGUGUCCAGCAGCUCCUCGCCCACUGACUCUGAUGCGGAGCAGUGCAUCAGCGAUCUCGGAGACGACGACGACCAAGAAGUAGGUAACACUAGCGGCGAUGAAGACCGAUCUUCCUCGGACAGCGAAGCGACGGAGACUGCCUCGGAGAAUGAGGUCGACGAGGACGAUGACGAUGAGGCGUUGAACAGCUCUUCUUCCUCGCUCUCCACCUCAAUUGCCGCGGCCGUCGGCUCAGAGGAUGAUGAGGAGGAGGAAGAUGAAGUUGACGAUAAAGACGACGACGACGACGACGACGACGUGAGCAGUCGCAAGUCUCAUUCAGUGUCUGAUGAUGAGGACGCUGAAAAGGUGGAUGCUCAGGCAGAUGACCAGGAGGAGGUCGGCCACGACCUGGUCGACUACCAGGUGACCACCACAAAGCCCCAGCGACCCGGGAAAACUCGCAGCAUUAGCAGCUCAAAACAGGCUCGUUCUGAACAAGGAUCAAAGAAACACCGCCGGCCGCACACCGGCGGAACAGCGCGGUCGGCGGGCAGGAAGUCCUCCGCCAAGUACAGUCACGGCCGCAAACUGAGCGGCAGCUCCAACAGCUCCAAGCGGACGGCCAUCUCCGCCUCGGCGCCCACGGUCGCCUCCGUUGACCCGUCUGACCUGAGCGCCGAGCAGCAGCAGCAGCAGGUGAUGAUGUCGUCCAAGUCGUCAAAGCUGGAGUCGACCGCCAACCUCUCCGUCUCGUCCAGUCUUCUCGUGGAAACGAGUGGUGUUGAUAAGGGCUUCAGUGAUUCAACCAAAAGUGAGAAGAUCCACAGCUUCAGCAAGCUUUCCGAUGCGGAGGCGAAAUCUCUCGGUUUAAGCAGCGGAGGGGGCGUCGUCCUCCGCUCCGGCCGCCCGGCCUCCCUCUGCGACCCGCACAGCAGCUCCGAGCUGGAGGACUCCGGCGAGGAGAGCUCCAAGAAGCUGAACCGCCUCAACCUCUUCACCAACUUCUCCAACAACGUCAAGACGAAGUCGGCGACGAUGAUUCGCAAGCUGCAGCGACCUUUUGAUGGUGGCAGCAGCAAUCGCAGUUCCACGACGGAGCUGCCGCCCAGAGGCAGUGCUCCGCCGCCGCCACCGGAGAGCAAGAUGAAGACGGCGCUGAAGACGUUGCCGCUGGUCAAACAACUAAAACAUCAGCUGGACAAAUCGAAGACCAAGAAGAAGCUGGCCAAAAGUCGGCUGUCCGCCUCGGCGACGCCCAGUCUGAUGGGCGCAAAUGAGCUGAACGCGGCCAAUUUGGCCUCAACGGCCGGCGCUGCAUCAACCGCAUCAGCCAACGCAGCUUCCGCUUCCGCUUCCGCCUCUUCUGUGCCUCGCAUUACCAUCUUCGAGGAUGAGCACUGCUUUCAGCUGCCCCACCAGCACUACUACUGGAACCAGUACUACCAGCAGCUGGACAAGUUUCAGCGACGGGAACUGCUCAAAGAGCUCGACCGGGUGAUGCACCUGCUGAUCACGAACAUCGGCGUCGAGUUCAUCUGGAGCAAGUUGGCGCAGAUCUUCCAGGUGGCCACCGAGGAAGCGGUGUCGCUGAAGCGGCUGCUGCGCCUCAUCAUCAAGAACGUCCGCCAGGUGGACCUGACGACGACGAUGCUGUACGGCAGCUCGGAUGAGGAGGAGGACUCAGAGGAGGGAGGGUCGAGCUUCGAUGACGAUGACCACAAUUCUGAGGAAGAGGAUGAAGAUGAUGAUGAGUACAACCGUCGAGCUCGUCACUCGAGCGACUCCGACGACCCCGACUUUGAUCCCACAAACGAGGGCGGAGAAGGAGGAGGAGGAGACACUGAUGCGGACAGCGCCUCAAUCGACUCUUCGCUCUCCUGGGCCAAGUCCCUCACCUCCUCGCUGCUGGCGGAGUUCAUCACCGAAUGUCAGCAACAGCUGCGGGCGGAGCAGCACUACUCCGAGCGAAGCCUGGGG